CAACCAUUAGACCCGUAUCCCAAGAGCCUCUACGGAUACUUUGUCCUCUUAAUUUAUCCUAUUCUUAUUGAAGUGCAUAUCUGGUUCAGCACUUUAUUUUCUGAAGGGAAAGCCCAGUACAGAGUAGGACUCGUCCAGUCACUUCCCACCACGCUAAUUUUGAGCCGGAACUCGACCUUUUCCACUACCUUCUUUGAAAGCAAUGGCAAUAUGCUUCGUAGCGACCUUCCUUCUUGAUCAUUGGUAUACCACACUAGACCCCACCACUAUUCUUAGGAUCGUCUGAGGCUGUGAGAGAUGUGAGACAAGAAUAGCACCUAGGGAACAAGAAUUGGUCCCUUCGGAACUAAGGAUCGCACUUGUCCAACCUGACACGACUUGAUUUAUAUUCCAUGAAGCUUGGAAGCUGGGAGGAUGUGAUCAAUCUCUACACCUCAAGCAAUUUACAAUUUUCGACAUUGAAGAGCGGUCAUGCCGUCACCUCCGCGUUCCGCAAUUUUCUGUUUCGUCCUGCCCAGCUUGACAAGAAUGGCGACUACGGCAGCCGCACCACUCUGUCCAGACACUAUAAACACGGCAGGAGGCGGGAUCCCGGACAGCAAUGAGCCUCCCAUGGUGUCAGCGGAAGCGAUCAAAGAAUUCCAACUGGCCCUCUUUCUCGAAAACAUGGAAUUAUCCUAUCUUCAAAGCGGACUUCAAAAUAUUUCUACCUGGGGAACGGCGGGCUAUCCAAAUGACACGACCGAAGUUCUCAGCACAAUCGCGGCGCAGGAGGAAGUACACGUUGCAACAAUUGCGAACCUGCUCAACGGCUAUGGAGCCCCUGUAAUUGCUCCUUGCCAGUAUUCCUUCCCGGUGGCCUCCAUUGAUGAGUUCAUCGCCCUUGGCGACAUCAUCACCUCAGUGGGCAUCAGCGCACUUAUCGGGCUGGUCGAUCGAGUCUCGUACACUGAUCCUGGGAUUGUCAAUACGGUAUCGUCGAUCGUGACAGUCGAGUCCCGCCAUGACGCCUUCUUCCGCCAUGUGGGUGGCAGAGUCCCUAACCCAGCUCCAUUUGACACCGGGAUUAGCAGUAUCUGGGCAUACAAUUUGGCUCUUCCAUUUAUCGUGCCUGGAUCGUGUCCAACGGAACUCCCACUACCAAUUCUGCCCACGUUAACGGUGUCAGCCCCGACUACGGCUGACAACAGAUCUUCAGCGGCCACGGGAAUCGCGUCGAGCAUCGCACCAUAUCAAAAUACCACCACGAGCCCCAUUUCCACUACGAACACCACCGUGGUUCCGUCAGAAAUGGCAUUCUCGUGGGAUCCGAUGCAGAUGCCAUUCGUUUUCGAGCGGGGAAAACAGUUGUUUGUUGGCUGGACCAAUCAGCUGAAUGUGCCGGUGUAUACGGUAUUAUCGAUCGUUGGUCAAGGCAGGGGAGUUGCGGAUGUACCAUAAGGACUCAAUGGGGCGGUGUUUGUAGCGGUAACAAGUCAAUUGCCCGACAAUGGCUAUGACCUGGCCCUCGCAACCUUAGCGGGCCCGGUUGCGUUGUCACACUCUUAGCUUUGUAUUGAGCAAUUGUGUUGGAGUAUCAUUGCUAAAUAGACAGUCAAGAAUGUCCGAUAAUUUUUUACUUAAUAUGAACCCUUGUCUGGCCCCAGGUGAGAGCAAUCCGG